AUGUCGUCUACGAGAAAGAGCACCAAGAGAGCACGGCCAGAGCCGAAAUCGCUCAAGAAGCAAACACCAAACGCAAAACUCCCGGACGAUAUGGAUCUCGAAGUUUCUAGCGAUCUCAAAGGAUUCAUGUCGGCGUUGCAGCAAAUCAGAGAGAAAGCGCAAGAGGAUGGCCGGAAGAAGAAGGAAGAAAGCAUCUCCAGUGUGUCCACUGAGGUAAAGUCUAAGAUUGACGAGUUGAAGACUAAACUUGAGAAGGAAAGACAGAACUUUGCCAAAGCACUUUCAAAGAGUUCGAAGGAGUGUCAGAGUAUCUUGAAGGACGAAGCUGCCAAGUUUGAGGAACUUCAUAACAAAUUCAUGAAAGACAAAGCGGAUCAUCUACAGGGCUUGAAAGACACUAUUUCCAAGUUUGAGGAAGACAAGGAGAGGCUGUACAUGCGAUAUGAGCAACUAAGGAAGAAGGAGAAGACAAUGAUAUCGGACCAGGAGAAGUUCUGCUCAGAAAAGCUUGCUCAAUUGGAAGAGUCCCUGAAGAAAAAGAAACGGAAUGACAAAACUUUCAGCAUACUAAGGAAAACUCUCGGCACAUUUCUGGAGAACGAAGGAUCUGAUGAGGAAUUUCCACCUGAUGAGUGA